AUGGAAGAAAAUUUUCAUACGGUGGAAAAUGAAAAUCUCUCAAAUAUUACACCAGAAACAGAAAAUAAUUUAAGUAAUUAUUGUUUCAUGUUCAUCGAUGCUCAGUUGAAAGACAACGCCUGUCAAGAUUUGCUUGACAAUCUUCGAAAAAUAACCGAUCAACAUAUCUUAACUUUCGAUAAUAUUGACGCGAUUUAUCAGUCUGAUCAAAUCAAUUCAACUAUUAAAAUCUUCUUAAUUUUAUCCGGUUCAUUAGAACCAACAUGGGAGACUCAACUUGAUAAAAUAACUAAUAUUGAAUUUAUUUAUGUUUUUACUAAAUGCAAAAAAUGGCGACGUGAUGUUCCAAAGAUUCGAGGUAUUUUCAACGAUAAAGAUCAACUCUUUGCUAUGAUAUCCCAUGAUAUCAAAGGAUUUGCUAAUCCAUGGACAUUUAAUAACGAACGUUCAUUUUUAAGAGCAUCGUCAUAUGAUAAUCGAUGGUAUCAUUUAUUUAUCAAGACUUUAUCAUAUUUAUCUUAUACAGCCACUGAUUGGAACAAAAUGCUCGAUGAGUGUCGGUCACAUUACAAGAAAAAUUCUGUAAUGUUAACGAAAAUUGAUGAGUUCAGCGAAGUAUAUACUCGUGAACGAGCAAUUAACUUUUAUACACAAGACAAUUUUAUUUAUCGAAUUUUCAAUUCGGCUCUGCGAACUCACAAUAUGGAUACCAUUUCGAAAUUGUAUCCAUUUAUUAGAGAUUUGCAUGAACAAUUAUAUGAGCGUUAUAGGAAAUACUGGUCCAUUCUAAAAAGUGAGAAUAUCAAAUCACAACCUCUUCGAAUAGUUUACCGAGGUCAAUAUUUGAGGCCCGUUGAAUUGGAAAAAUUGCGUUCUCUUUGUCGAUCUCGUCAAUCAGAUGUAUUACUUAAUAUGUUUGGCUCAACAACCCGUGAUUCUCAACUUGCAAUGAGUUUCAUUGUAAGUGACCACCCGGAAAACGUUUCGUGUUUGUUUCAAAUUAUUAUUCCAGAUUAUUAUUAUGAUAAAAAAACUUCGGCAACAAUCCAUCCUUCUCAAAUGUUUUUAGAUGUUUCUAAUCUUUCUGCAAUGCCUUGUGAACAAGAAGUUCUUUUCUCAGUGAUGAGUCGAUUUCGUGUUAAAUAUGUGGGUUACCCGACAAAAAAUCGUUCGUGGAUUCCUAUUAUCUUAGAAUUCUAUCAGGAUUAUCUCGGAUUUGAUCCUCAUUGGCAUAAAAUAAGAAACAUGGUUUAUCGUGAAAGUGAUGAAAUGAAAAGAGAAUUAUUCGAACUUGUACUAAAAAAUGCGAAUAAACCAAUCAAUUGGGAUAUCUGGUGGCAACGAUUAAUCGAUGAAUUUGGAGCACGGAGACGAGAUUGUGAACCUUUUGUGGUGACUCUUUGUGAAUGCUUUGGUGAUCCAGAGUCAUUGAUGAAAGCAAUCGAAUUACGCAAAAGAGAUUUGCAGAAUAAUUCAAAAUGGAAAGAAUUUUCUGAUCCUAUUUUUGUGAUGAAUGAAAUGCAAUAUGGGAAACCAACACGAAUUAUUGUUCUAUACGAAUUAUUUCUUCGAAAGAUGAAUUUCUCGGAAUUGGAUACAGAUGGUGUCAUUCAAUCGUUGAAACGCGCUGGAGACGCUUAUGCAGAAUGUGGAUGUUUUUAUCAGAACGCUUUAGAAUGUUAUGAAAAAGCUUUGCAGUUAGCUGGAAAUCAUUCCGAUCGCAAAAUCAUUUCUGAAAUACGAAUUGGAAUUAAAAAAUUAGCACCCGGUCGCCAAUCCGUUCGUUCUAAAAAACGACAAGAAAUAUGUCAAAUGAAACUAACCGAUUCUCUGUCGAAUACAAAUUUGUCAUCAAAAACAUUGAAUUAUGAAAGCGAACAUUUACAAUGGUUCGUUUUCUGGCAAUUGCACAAAGUGUCACUUAGUGGACCAAAAGAUCGUCUGGAACAUCUUAGUUGGUUUCUCAAAAAGCAAGAAGAAUGGAUGGAUAGUGCUGAUCUACGAAUCUUUUUCGAUUUACCAUUUCAAAGGAAUCAAAAUGUUGAAUCACCAGAAAAUAUUAUCUAUCCAUACUUUUAUUCAUCCAUAUGGUCAUAUCUAUAUAAAAAUACCGCAUGUUUUCAAAAUCAUUCAUUGAACAAGUGGCAUUAUGAAAAAUUUAUCAAUGAAUGGUUAACUUUAAGCGAUCUCAAACGAAUAAUAACGUCCAAUGUUUUCAAUAAAUACAAAACUGUCACCGCUAUUUUAACUACACUCGAGCGAAUUCUUAGAAAACUAUCGUUGAUUAUCACAAUGCUUACCUUUGUAAUAACUACUUCGCCCGCAAGUGAUGGACUUCAUAUUAUGUUCAAUCCAGAACAAAUUGAAUUUCAAACUGAUGCAUGUAUUCAUCCAAAAAAACUGGUUUUCUUUGAUAUUGACGAGGAAGCUAUGCAAAAUACAGUGUGA